AUGGACCUGGGGCUAGCGCGCGUGCAGGCGCUGUUACGCCGCGUCGGCUCGCCGCAUACGCGCUUCCCUGUGAUCCACGUCGCCGGCACGAACGGCAAAGGAAGCACGACGGCGUGCCUCGAUGCUCUGCUCACGCACGGCGCUGGCCUGCGCGCCGCGCGCUACAAUAGUCCACACCUCGUCACAGCGCGCGAUAGUCUGCGUGUCGGUAGCGGAGACCCGAUCGAUACGCAUACCUGGGACGCGGCCGUGCAGCGGACGCGGCACGCGGACAAUGUAGAUCCCCACGACCCUGCCGCGCCGCCCAUUUGUGCAACGCCGUUCGAACUGCUCACCGUGCAAGCGCUCCUGGCGGUGACGAUGCUGCCGCUUGCAUCGCAGCCAGAUGUGCUCAUUAUCGAGGUGGGCGUCGGCGGACGUUUGGACGCGACCAAUGUAUUCCCCCCUGAAAAUGUGCUUGCCAGCGUCAUUUGCCCCAUCUCCCACGACCACGAGACGUUGCUCGGCGCGCACCUCGGCGCAAUUGCGCGUGAGAAAGCGGGGAUCAUCAAGGAGCAAGGCCUGUGCAUUGUGUCUGACCAGUGCACGCACCCGCCCAGCACCGCGGCGCGUGCCGCCGCACAGGAAAUCGCGCACUCGCUCCAGGACGCUGUCGAUCGAAUGCACGCGCGCGCUGCCGUCGCGACCAUUCCAUGGGGCGCAAUGGAGCAGCAUGCAGCAGAAGGUGAUACGCUGCAACGCCUCUCUGUGCGUGUCUCGUUUGCGCAGCCGCUGCACGCGACGGGCAGCUCGGUCGAUCCAGCGUGUGCACAGACAGACACACACAUUUCGCUUGCGUCCAGCGCAACGCUGGGAAGGCUCACGGGGUGCACCACGGCGCUACAGACAUUGUGGAGCAUUGCACAUGACCGCUCGCCGUACACAGACGCGCCGCUAGUCUCGGCAUGCCAGCAUGUGCGCGAUCGGAUCCGCACGCGGCUCUUUCUAGAAGGUAACCACGCGCACAUUAACGCUGCCCUCGCACACCAGCGCUGGGAAGGCCGCGCCGAGUGGCAUUGGCUUGUGCGGAACGGCGUGCGUGUGCCGCUGUUGCUCGACGGCGCACACAAUGGAGCGUCGGCGCGUGCACUGCGGCAGUACCUCGGCCAGUGCCUCGCGGCGUGCCGUGGCAACGUGCACAUUACGUGGAUCAUGGCCAUGUCGCGCGGCAAGGACGCUUCGUCGAUGCUCGAUACUUUGCUCGCGCCUUACCACGGCGCUGUUGCGGCGCAGCAGCUAGCGGUGGUGCCGUUUUCGACGCCCGUAGAAGGCAUGCCUUGGGUCGCGCCGGUCCCGCCCUCGGAGCUCGCCGCACUCGCACUGGACGGGCCGUGGACGCUGGAUGGUCCGGUGCGUGCGUUUCCCGCGUUGGCGGAUGCACUCGACUGGGCCGCAUCAAAAGAGACGCAAGCACUGCAUCUCGUCGUUGUGUGCGGCAGUCUAUACCUGGUUAGCGACUAUUACCGUAUGUAG